UUUAAUUAUGAGACCUCAUAUAAGGUUAUGAAACACAGUUUAAGAAGCCAGGGUAUUAUAGAUAGAAGGCUAUCCCAAAUCAGAAAGAUCUGGCUCCCACCAGUCCUGGCUAGGUGACUCUACCCCAGUGACUUAACCUCUCAGUACCCACAGGUAAUUUUCUAAGCAUCUAAAUGACAGAACAGUUGCUGAACUAUAUUGAUAAAUACACUGUGAACUGCACACCUCAGCUUCCCAGGCAAGUAAAGUCCUACCUCUGAGUCCUAACAUUCUAUGAUCUAAGGUCCCUUCCUCAUCUCACAUGAAAUCCUAUACUCCUUUCCAAACCAUAACAUCCUAUGUUCUAAGGAUCCUCCUAGCUUUGUCAUCCUAUCCUAAGGUCUCUUCUAGCUCUGACAUCCCAUGUUCUAAAGUCCCUUCCAACUCUGACAUUCUGUUUUCUAAGGUCUCUUCUAGCUCUGACAUCCUUAAACCUUUAUAAUAAGAUCAUUUCCAGCUCAGAUAUUCCAUUUAGGUUUUCAAGUUCCUUCCUGAUUUGAUAUUCAAUGGCUCAGGGUUCUUUCCAGCUCUGCCAGGCUGUGUUCUGUGAUCUCUUCUAACUCAGACAUAAAUAUAUCCUGAGAAGGUUCCUCCUUUCCUCUAAUAUUCCAUGUUACAAAGUUAUUUCCUACUCAAGCAUUUCAUAUUCCAGAUUUUCUUCCAGUUCCAAUACUCUGCUUCUGAGGUCUCUUAUCAAAUGUGUACAGAUACAUUACAUUGCUCUUUUCUCUACUUCCUCCUCUCUCUCUCCACUCCUUUUCUCCACUUCACCCUUUCUCAGAACAAGCUAGAUGGAGGUUCCCUCUCCAAAGCCUACCUGGUCAUUUCCCAAUCAAACUGGGAGACACUGCCCUAGAGCUGGAAGAAGGGUCAGGGAAGACAGGGCUCAGAGACUACAGAUUCUGACCCACUUCAAUCUUGGAAGAAAAACAUGCCCAUGAGCCCUCCUUUCCACCUUGAUCUGGGCCAACCAUUUGUUUUCUCUUGGCCAAAGUGUUAAUGUUCCCAAUGGUACUGUGGAAAGAACAUUGGCCCAAAAGUCAAAGGACCUGAAUUCAAAUACUGCUUCUGAUGCUUUCUACUGGGAAAGUUAUUUAGUCUCCCUGGGCCUCAAUUCCCUGUUCUGUAGAAUGAGCCAGAGAACUUUUGAGAAUUUUUCAAAUUCUAAAUCUGUGAUCCUACAAACACAUUUCACCAUUGAUAUUUAACUAAUUGUGGGACUUUGGGCAAAUCUCUCUGGAUCUCAGUUUCCUCAUCCAUAAAAUGAGAGCUAUGGCCUAGUGGGACUCUGGGGUCCUUCAACUUUAAAUCUAUGACCCUAAGGACCUCUGUGCUGUCUCGUGUGCCUUUCUUUCUUCUAUCCAGGGCCUGAGUCCCGCUUCUCUCCCCUCUUCCCUCAAGGAAAAUCAAUCCAUUGACUGACUAAUUUCGGAAAGUGUCUUCAUUGUAACAUAAAGAGAAGGUCCAGAUAAUGGGAUCUCGAAGGGCUCAAGUCCUUCCAUCCUGUGUUCUAACGGUCUUCAAGAUUCAGCCUCUAUGCGACAUCUGGGACAGAAGGGAAGGGAGCAGCUAGUGGGAAAGGGGAGGAUAAGGAGAGAGGUGGGGGGAAAGAGUCCAAAGGGAAGUGAUUCGAACGAUUUGGGGCCACUUUGCCCUCCCCAAGAUCAGCCUCCUCGCCACUCCCCCACCCCCCCUUUCUCUCCGGACAAAGCCGGAAAACUUUUGUUUACUCUCCAGCGGAGGCGGGGGCGGAGAACCUGAACUGGGCGCGGGGGCGUCAAAGUCCAGCCCAAUAUAAGGACACGCCGGGUCAAGUUCAUUCAUUCUGCCCCGCAGCCGUCCCGUCUCCGCCAUGCUCGGGCUCUCUCUGCCUCCCAGGGAGCUGCGGCUGCUGUCGCUGCUCCCGCUGCUGCUCCCGCUGCUGCUGCCGCCUCCGUCCGGGGCAGCUGAGCCGGGGGACCGGGAGCGCAGCGAGCAGCUAGAAGCCGUCCGCAGCGCCAUCCUGAGCCGGCUCGGGCUGUCCGCGCCCCCGGACGUGCGCCCGCAGCUUCUCAGCUCCGCGGAGGUCCGGAGGCUGCAGCGCCGAUAUGAGGAGGCACUGACCCAGCUGCGGACCAACCAGAGCCUGGAGGCUACAGGCUCGGGCCGGAGUUCGCGUUCCCCUAGAGUCCCCAAGGUCCGGAUCCUGAUGCCUAAAUUGGAGCUCAGCCGGGACGCCCCCCACGAGCGCUUCCACCUGCUCCUCCUCCGCAAGGCUCUGACUGCGGGGACCCCGGAGGAGCCGCGGGUGCUGCGCGCCCAGCUGCGGCUGUUUCUGCAGCCACCAUCCCCGCUGACCCCGACUGAGUGGGCCCCGUCGCCGUUAGAUGCUGCUCCCCAGACCCUGACGCUCGACCUGACGCGGCCGCUGCAGCGCUGGCUCCGGCGCCGUCCGGCUCCGGCGUCCCUGCUGCGGCUGCCGCUGGCUUUGCCUCCCAACGUGACCCGAGAGCUGCUCCGCCAGCCCCCGGGCCCGCGCGCCAGCCUGCGCGUGGAGCUCCAAGAGCUUCCCCGAGGGGCGCCCCGGCGGGCGCGAGCGCUGGAGCCCGACAAAGUCUGCGGAGAGGGAGGCGGGAGACGCUGCUGCGUCCGCUCGCAGCGCGUGUCUUUCAAAGAGAUCGGCUGGGACAGCUGGGUGCUGGCGCCCCGCGAAUUCGAGAUGCGCUUCUGCGAGGGCUCGUGUCCGCAGGGCUACCGGCCGGCCAGCAUGCACGCGCAGCUCAAGGCGCGCCUGCACCGCCUUUCCCCCGCCCUGGCGGGCCCGCCCUGCUGCGUCCCCUCUGCCUACGAGCCCAUGGUGCUCAUGCACUACGGCAGUGACGGGCAGAUAGCCUUCACGCCCUACGAAGACCUGCUCCCCACGGGCUGCCACUGCGCCUAAGCGCCCCGGACCUGCGCGGUGGAAGGGACCGGUCGCUGGCGGCGUGGGAAGGGCUGGCAUCCGGCUGUCAGGCUGCCCAGCCUCCUACACGUUCCCAAGCUCAUCUUCAGAUUUCGAAUCCGAAACCACUGAAGAAUAAAGCUGGGCUGGCCACCGUGGGCGCCUCUGUGGCCAAAGGAUGGAGCUGAAGGUGGCCCACGGUGUGAUGUUUCCUGAGAAGCAGCUGUUAUUUAUAGAAGCAUAUUUAUUGAUAAUUUAUUGAGGGGGGGGGAGGGGGGAGGGGAGUGGGGAAUGAAAGAUUUGUACCACUUGUUUUCUGGCCUGUAUUUAUAAUGACUUCUGUUACACCAUGGCUCCUCUGUUACUUUGGAAAGCGGAUUUAAAAUACUAAGACUGAAUCAGGUUGAAUUUUGAGUUGGGAGAAGGGGAAAGGUUUUGGUCAGAAAAGAACAACAUAUGUAUGCAAAAUAAUAUAUAAUAUAUACAUAUUAUAUAUGUAAUGUAAUAAUAAAACGUAUAUAAUAUAGAUGCAAAAUAAUGUAUUAUAAUAAUAUAUACUCAGACUUAGCUUUGAACUUCAUCAGAUUCCUUAAUGGUUCUCAGCUUUAUCUGUAAAAUGUAACUAAUAUUACUCUACACCUGUUAUCAGGAAAGAGCUCUUAGGUCAAGGGAAAGUUCAAAUUAUCAUAAAUUCUCUUCACUGACUCAUAUUGGCCUGAAGGGGGAGAGUUCAUUAAAAUUUUUAAA